GCUGGAGGGAGUAGAGAAACCAGUAAUAAUCAUUCACUAUUAUCUUCAUUUCUUCAUCAACAUAUGGACUCUGGAAUAGCUGCUCAUGAUACUCGUAAUUUCCCUCACUGUUUCGCUGAUCGCAUCUGCGUCUGGUGACCUACCCUUACUACCUCGUACUUUUAUCCUUGCAUCCAUCCGCCAUCAUCAUCAUCAUCAUCAUCAUCAUCAUCCAUUGUUCUCAUCGUCCUCGACGUCCCAGUCAAUCUCCCGGACUUACUACGUCACAGCCUCUUCCUUCUUUCCCCUGCCGUUCCCACCAACCAACAGCCAACCAACCAACUGCGGCCGCCGCCCUCGACCAAACCAUUCCCCCCAACAUCUUUCUUGUCACCACAUCCCCUCGAAUCACUUUCACAAACAUCACUUCUUAUCAAAACUCCAAGACUUCAACUCCAAAAGAAUCAGCAGUUUGGAUAACUUCAUCAUGACUGCUAACGCACCUACCCUCAUCAACUUGCCUCCUCCGCCAUCGGAUUUCGGUACCCCAGAUGCCCCAGGCACCCCCAACUCCGCGACUACCUCCAUGUCGGAGCUGUCCACUGUCGCAAUCAAGGACGGUCACCGAGGCCACUUUCCCCACCACCAACACCCCGCCGAAGCUGAGCGCGCCGACCGCAUCUCACGCUUGGCCGGCUUGGAACGAAUCUCUGUCACCGGUCGCAACCCUCAGAAUCUGACUCCAGGAGCGGCUGCCAACUAUCCUCCUGCUGCGUAUUUCGAUGCGAACAAUCAGCCUCAGAUCUUUCGUGAGCGCAGCACCGUCGGCAGUGCGAGCGCAACAGGUAGUGUAGGUGGGCGCACGACAUGGGCGAGUGAGAGUGACGUUUUCGAUCGAGACAGGAUGAGUGAGGACCAGAACAUCGACGAGACAUCCAGCAUGGGUGGCUUCAGCGACGAAGCUGCCAGCCUGGUAGGCUUCGGCGAGGGUGCGAGGACACCUGCCAGACAACAUAGCCAGAUUGGAAGCCCGGCCAUCAGCAAGGCGAAUGCUGUGCCGCCAUAUCUACGUGAGCAGCAGCAACAGGCUCCAGCUAGCCCAAUGACGGGUGUUUCUGCGACGGGAAGCUCUACAACAACGCAGACCAGUGCCAGCGCAGAGCAACAGAAAGAAGAGGCCAGAAUGAUUGACGGCAUGACCUACGAUGAGGACAUUGUCGACACUGCAGACCGCACUCCACCUCUGACUGGGCAAGGUGCCGGAUCGGCUGAGACCUCUGAGGAGGUUAUUCGUCGUAGGCUGCGCCAACAACAGGCCCAAGGCGGCGCUGCUCCUUCACAAAACGCUCUGAACCAUUAGAGGGACGCUCGAUGAAUAGGACGCAAUAAUUCAAUACAUCCACGUCUGUCUUUACCCUGAGUGGUUGACGACCUGAAUGAGGCGUUAUCGGAUCUGAUUGUUUGAAGGGGGUGGGAAAGGUCAUUAUUGCGCGUUUGUGCUUGUGAUUAAAAUUGCAGCUUUACACAGUAGGGCUGCUCAAAUUGGCGUAUUGAGAUAUCCGUUCACCUUUCCAUCGAUAGCAACCUGAAUACAAAUGGAAGCGUACAUGAUCGAAAUUAUUUCUGAUGA